AUCUGCAGAAAGCAGCUGCUCACUGACGACUGCAGGAUGCAUGUGUUGGCUCUCUUCUGGUUGCUCAGCUUCCUGCUGAACGAGACGCAGGCAUGGGGCUUCAAAAAUGGAAUAUUUCAUAAUUCAAUAUGGCUGGAACAAGCAGCUGGCGUUUACCACCGGGAGUCUCGCAAAGGAAGAUACCAGCUGACGUAUAAAGAGGCCAAGGCUGUCUGCAAAUACGAGGGAGGGAAGCUGGCCACUUACGAACAGCUGGAGGCAGCACGUCAAAUAGGUUUCCAUGUGUGUGCUGCGGGAUGGUUUGACAAAGGACGCGUUGGUUACCCCAUCGUCAAGGCUGGGGCCAACUGCGGGUUUGGGAAAGUUGGCAUCAUCAACUACGGAUACAGACUGAACAAGAGCGAAAAAUGGGAUGUUUACUGCUACAACCCAAACUCUAAGAAGUGUGGAGGAGUUCUGACCGACCAGCAGAAGAUCAUUCAGUCUCCUGGGUUCCCCGACGAGUAUCAGGAUGACGAGAUCUGCUACUGGCACAUCCGGGCACGUCUGGGUCAGAAGAUCCACCUCCACUUCCUAGAGUUUGACGUCGAGGACGAUAUGUCAUGUCUCGCAGAUUAUCUGGAGGUGUAUGACAGCUACGACGACGUCUCAGGCUUCGCUGGGAGGUUCUGCGGUGAUUAUUUACCAGAUGACAUCAUCAGUACAGGAAACGUGAUGACCCUGAAGUUUCUCUCUGAUGCUUCCGUCACCGGUGGUGGUUUCCAGCUACAGUACACGGCCCUGAAUGCAUCGCUGCUCACAUAAAAUGACCCUCAGCUCUGACUGAUGGCCUCCUGUUGCUGUAUUCAUGUUACUGGUUACCUCCAGCUCCGGGAAGACUCCGUCUUACAGCUCAUUAAAGGAAGAAUUCUGUAAAAUAAACAAGGCUGAAAUUUGUGUUGUUGGAAAUAAGUGACAUGUUUACCUGUGCCUGUUAUUACAAUUUGGUAAAUAAAUGUGGAAAUGUACU